UGCAUUCAGAACCCAAGACAAAACCACAGCCUCGUCCGCCUUGAUGCCUUGAACCCCACGACCGCCCUCGCCCCCCCGACCCAUUCCCAGCCCGCCCGCACCAUGGCGACCCGCGGCCAAUUCAACACCAAGAACCCCACCAUCAAGCGCAUCCUGAAAGAAGCGUCGGAGCUGGCCAACAAUGCCUCGACCGAAUACCACGCCGAGCCGCUCGAAGACAACCUCUUCGAAUGGCACUUUACGCUGCGCGGGCCCCCGGCGCCCUCACCCUACGCCGGCGGCAUCUACCACGGGCGCAUCAUCCUGCCGCCCGCGUACCCGCUGCGCCCGCCCUCCUUCCGCUUCGUCACGCCGACCGGCCGCUUCGAAGUCAACCGCGAGAUCUGCCUCAGCAUCAGCGGCCACCACGAGGAGUCCUGGCAGCCAGCGUGGGGCAUCCGCACCGCGCUCGUCGCUAUCCGCAGCUUCAUGGACACGGACGCCAAGGGCCAGGUCGGCGGCAUCGACUGCACCGAGGCUGCCCGCAGGAAAAUGGCCGCCGAGUCCGUCACCCAUCGCUGCGCUAGCUGCGGCAAGACUAACGCGGACGUCAUGACCGAGCGCGAGGACCUAGUCAGGGAAAUGGUUGGCAAGGGCGAGAUCAAGGAGGAGGAGGUCCCCGAGGAGCUGAGGCUCGCAUACCGCGAGGACUUGGGCAAGCAGGCUGAGCCGGGCGAAUCGUCGAGCAAGGCCGCCGCUCCGCCAGCCGCGAACGAGGAGGAGACGUCAUCUGCGCAAAAGACCGAGACGACCACACCGGCUGCGAGUGCCUCUGCCCCGCUGUCCGCUGCCCCUGCGCCUGCACCCGCACCCGCUGCAGCGCGCCCUGCCCCGCCGCCUCCUCAGCAGCAGCAGCAGCAGCAGCCUCGGCGCGCGGACGACGCGGUCCCGGCCUGGAUCGACAAGGCCAUCUACGGCAUCGUCGCCGCGCUGGCAUUCAUGAUCCUGCGCCGCAUCUUCUGAGCUUUCUUUUUUUCCUGCUUCCUCUUCCCGUAUACGAACGGUCUCGAAAUGGGGCUGGGGGUUCUUUUGCGUUUCUGUUAUCUGCGGGUUCUUUAAGGGUUUAGCGUGGCGUUGGGGAUGGGAUGGGAUGGGAAGGGGUUCAGCGAUACCACUCUCGUAGCAAUUAAUGGGUGAUUCUUCUUAUUCUUUUCCUUCCUCGUUUCUUCUGAGAUUGCGUGGAGCGAGAUUGGUAGUAUGGUACUGGGGUUUGGGAC